UCGAAACUAAAAGUUCAAAGGCAAGGAAAAAGGAACAGCGGGAGGACCGGCUGCUUGCGCAGUUCGUUUUGAACAACAGCACUGUCCAGAAAAAUAGCAUAACAUGACUUUGGCUCAUUGUUUGCUGUAACACUGGACACCAGGAGCCGGGCUCUUUCCCAGACUGGGCAGUGGAUCGAGCUCUGAGCUGCACUCGCUCCCCGCAGAUCCUAAAGCACGUCCCGGGCUCAGCUGAGCUGAUCCUGUGUCGAAUCCCGACUAUAAAUGCUGACUCUUCUGAGAUCAGCUUUGACCUGAUUUAGUGCUGGGCUCAUUGGAUCUCCACGUAUUAUCUGGGACAAAGAUCUGGGCCUGCAGAGUAACCAGCUGUCGGUACAUGGUCUCCAUGACACUGCUGAAGGUCUGAAACCCGGGCUUCCAGGAGCUACAGAUGGAAAUACUUGCUGCCCACAUCAAACUGUGCCCGCCUUCUCACAGAGCAGGAGGAACACAUCACAAUCGUGAGCACUGCUGCUCUGACUUACUCCUUUCAGUGAAACCCUCAGGUGAACUGGGUCUGGAAAUGGUUUCGUAUUAUAUGAUAAGUAUUUUUCCUGUCAUCUUAUGCACUUUUCCAUCUUUUGCACAAUGUUUCUUGAAAUUAAAUUGUGAGUCAUCAGUGACAGGAAUAUUUAGUAAAGACACUAAACUACCAUGCACAUUCAAUUCAGCAUCAAAUAUGACUCUGACACAUAUCGAACUAGUUAAAAUGGAAGAAGAUAGAAUUGUUGAAGUAUUUACCUCCAAGAAAAGUGUCAAUGGAAUUCAGGGUCGGAUUAAAUUACUUCACCCAGAAUCUCAAGAUGUAUCACUGGUAAUCCAGAACACACAGUUGUCAGAUAUUGGGACAUAUCAAUAUCAUUUGGAAUCAAGUGUUGGUCAUGACACUGGUGUGAUUAUAUUGCAGGUUAAAGCUCCAUACAACGUGACCAUAUUCCCAAACAUUAUAUCAACGAGAAGGGUAAAUGUCACCUGUGAAGCAAUUGGAUAUCCUCUGGCUCAGAUUCAUUGGUUGUUGAAUGGAACAAAGAACCUCACAUCCAAGGUUAAUACUCGCAGUGUAAAAUCAGCAGAGGAACUGUACAAGAUCACGAGCACACUUCAAAUCACAGAGAAAAUAGAUAUUCCAGAAUGUGUUUACAUUUGUGCCGUGUGGAGCAUGGAAGAGGGUCAAUAUGUGGUGCAGAAACACCUUCCAUUCUUUCAUCAAAGCUCUAACCGUGAUGGUAAUAUUGAAGAGAAAGAUAAAAAUGUUCUCAUAGCAGCCUUUCUGAUUAUCACCCUUAUUUAUGGUGCAUUAGUAAUUUCUGCUCUUCCACAGUUUAGAAGAAGUUCACAUCCAGAAAUUAGAAGAGAAUUUGAAAUCCCGAUGGUGUCAAGCGACCACAGGAUUAAUGUUUAAUAAAAUAUAGAACUGGAAAAUAUAGAUUCUGGAAAUCUGAAACUCAAGCAAAAAUUGCUGGAGAAAUUCAGCACGUCUGGCAGCGUCUAUGGCAAGAUAGCAGAACUAAGAUUUUGACUUCAAUGACCCUUCUACAGAACACAAAACCAAUGCUUCGUCGUGUUUGCAGUUAAUCAAUCUUAUUUUUAACUUGUACAGAAUAUACUGAUGUCGACAUUUUAAAGUAAAUGUUUUGACUUCCUCUCUCA